AUGACAUGGUUACAUGAUGAAGGAUGUAGGGAUGUGGUUGAAAAAGCCUGGGGUGAAGGAAGGAAUAGGGGGCUGCAGGAUUGUGUCACGUUUUGUGGUGAACGGUUAACACGCUGGGGUGGAGACCGUUUUCACAAAUUCGGGGAAAAAAUAUUGAACUUACGAAAGGAACAGCUACGUCUUAGAGGACGUGCGGAUCCGGUGUCUCUAGUUGAAUUUCAUAAGAUAGAUGAGUCCCUGACUCGUAUUGAGUUGCAGGAAGAUACUUACUGGAGACAGAGGGCCAAACAGCAUUGGCUCAAGGAUGCGGAUGCAAACACCAGGUUUUACUACAGUAUACAACCACGAGUGACAGCCACGCAGAAUGAGGGCCUGUUGCGCCUUUUUGAAGAGAGUGAGGUUAAAUCUGCAUUGUUUUCAAUGUAUCCUGAUAAAGCACCGGGACCGGAUGGGAUGAACCCCGGAUAA